UGUUCCUGUCCGCGCACAUGCCUGAGCCUGGCCCCUUUCCUUGUGCUCAGUGGCACCCCGAGGAGUCCCGUUCCGGUAGAAGCUCAGAGUUACGCACCCCGCGGGAACCGAGGCUCUGGAGAACCCCGAAGCGUCCGUAACGCGGAACCGAACAUUGCGGUGGCUCGGUGCUGUGCUGUGUUUGCGGGGGGGUCUCUGCUGCCGACGGUUUGCGUACUCCUGGUUCCAGAUCAGGUGUGUGAGUUUCAAUGUUCUGACUUGCUCUAAGAUGAAGGUAUGGAAGUUUGCAGCCAUUGCCUCGAUGCUCCUCAGUUCCAUGUUGUCCGUUUUAGUUUGUAGAGACAUGCUCAACGGACGCCGGACACACAGCCCCUUCCCUCCCUCGCCGUCACGCUCCGCCUCCUCUUCUGCCUUGCCUGCAGCUCCACGGAGACACCCCCGCGCCCUGGAGCCCCGGGGCCAGCUGCUCUCUCGAUACAGCGCCUUGUUUGAAAGCUACACGGAGGGUGAAAUCCGACAGCUGAUCUCCACUCUGGUCGAGAGGUACAGCCAGUCCAUGAACUCUGGAGGACACGAGCUGCCCCUCUUCCCCAAGCCCGGGAACCGCAUGAAGCGAGCCCGGGCCCGCCACAAACCCUGCGCCCUGAAGGAGCUGGAGGUGAGUGUGAGCGAGCUGGGCCUGGGUUAUGAGUCGGACGAGAUCGUCCUGUUCCGGUACUGCAGCGGCACCUGCGAGACAGCUGUCAGGAACUACGACCUCUCCCUGAAGAACAUGAGGCUCAAGAAGAAGAUCAAAAAGGAGAAGAUCCGAGCCAGGCCCUGCUGCAGGCCUCUCGCUUACGAUGACGACGUCUCCUUCCUGGACACUUACAACCGCUACUACACCGUCAACGAGCUUUCAGCCAAGGAAUGUGGCUGCGUGUGAAGCGGGGACAGGGAACCUGGGAAGGUUGACGUCUGUAAGGCAGCGCCCAACGGCCAACAGCGCGAGGGCCUACAGGGAAAUUGUUGCCCUCCGAGUGAGAAAGGAACUAAGAAGGGACCCGGGCUCAGAGAUAGUCAAGAAGGCAACUGCUUCCAGGUCUACUUCGGCUCUGUGGUUGGACUGUAGGAGCAACAGGGGAACUCUUGCUGUUGGGUUGUGUUUUGAGAGAGAUCCAGGAGCCUUUCGACACUUCAACGGGUGCCUUUGUGCUCCUCCCACCUGCCCCUGCCCCUGAGCGUGGGAUGCUCUCAGAAGGAGGAGCUGGGGAACAGAGAGGCAGGAGGAAUCACCCGCUGAUUUCCUCAGCGAUGCCGGCAUCAGCCACACCAGCCUGGCAUCCACGUGCGCUUUCAUUGCUGCCACAAAGGGGUGUAGCCGGAAAGCUUCGCUGGCCAAGGCUUACACAUCCAGAAAGCGCCAGGCGUCUCGUCUUUGACGGCCAGCUCCGGAACCGCGAUCCAGUCUAGAGGAGGAGUCACAUUCCUAGUCGUAUGAAAACUGAAGCCUCUUCUCAGAGGCUUCCCCUCCCUGAUGGAUUGCGGCCUGAAGAAAAUGACACCCGGGCAUGGAAUUCGGGUGGACGGAACCUUUUUCUGGGCAGAUAAAUGACUGACCAGUCAAGAAAUAUUCUUUUAUAUCCUGAGAUCGUAUCUUACCCUUAUUUUAUUGUACACACGCCGUAUAUUCAUGCUCUGUAAAUAUACAGGAAUAUAGAGAGAGAUAGAGAUAUAAAUAUUGGUGGCAACUGCAGACAUACAGAAUACGAUCAUUCCUUCCCGGCCCUCACGCCAAAGUUCCACUGAGGUUGAUGGACAACUGUUGGAUGCUUCCACCCCCACAUCCCACCCGUUCCAUUGAUCUGGGCGAGGACAGCAAUCUAAAAUACUAGUCCCGUUGGUUGUUGAACCAGAAAGGAGGAGGGGGAGAGGAUUGGAGGGGGUUAAUGAGAAUUUCAAAGUUGCCUUAAUUUUAAUGAGAGCGGAGUGUCCCGAUGUCCUAGGCAGGCGAUGCGAGCCGUCAUUUCACAUGUCUGCUGCUUUGGGCACCUCCUCCGCUUUUUGUCAGAGGCUGGAGAUGGAUGGCACAAGAUAAAUUGCUUGAUCAUUGUCUUCGGUCCACCCCCUCUGGGGCACCUGG